CACAACGUGGUGCUGAUCGUGCAAUGUCGGCGUUCGUUGUUCCGUCUGGAAUGCCCGCACAGAUGCAAUUCGGCAGCCGGUCCGGCCAACUUGACUACCGGGGUGUUUCGCCGUCAAGCAGUCAGAAAAGCAUAACUAAUGGUGUCCAUACUCGUUCAUCGGCUGCACUGCUCGAUCCAGGGUGUGAUUUAGCUGGGUUUGGAGUUGGUCUGGACGCACAUUCGGUGGGUAGUGCCUCCACCUCACAUCUGCCAACCCCAUCGUCUACCCCAACGACGCAACGAAAAAACAGAAGAAUAUCAAACAUUUUUCAGCGACCAAAAGAAAAUGAAGAUAAGAAUAAGCCACAGAAUUUGAAUCUCGGUGGUGGUCGAGAGAUUCCCAUCAAGGAGGGCACGAUGCAUAAGCGAAGUACCAAGGGGGCAUUGAAUCGCGAAUGGAAAAAGAAGUAUGUAUGUCUAUAUGGCGAUGGUCGAUUAACAUAUCAUCAUACGCAGAAAGACUACCGUGAUAAGCCUAGUCAUGGAAAAGAGGUAUUUCUUGGUUUGGCCACUGUUCGGAUUGCUGGUCGACAACGACCUCGUAAUACACAGCGUGGUAUGGCGACCAGUCAGUCGGAAGAGACUGGCACAGUGAAUUCGAUUAACUCAGUAGUACUGAGACCUUAUGAAACGAGGAGAAGCGAUGCAGGCGGUGGGUCCGGCGAGGGCACAUCUGGUGGCGGAAGUGACGAUGCAAAGGAGGCAUCACCUGUUGUCCAGCUCACUCCUCAAACAGUAGUCGGCCACAAAAAAAGGCGAGGUGGAAAUCGUCGGCUUGGAUCUGCAGGGAAAGCCACCGAUGAGGAUGAUGAGUGCUUUGAGAUAAUCACUUCUGAUCAGAAACGUUGGGAGUUUUGUGUGGCCGCUGAAGAACGUGAUGCAUGGGUAGCAGCCAUUGAAGAACAAAUCGAAAAAGCGCUGCAGAAUCAGAUGAGUAAACCGAGUACGAGAGCUCGAGGUGAUAGGGAAGAGGUGUUGGCACUGCGUCAACUGCCGGGCAACGAUCGUUGUGCAGAUUGUGGCCAAACAUCACCAGACUGGGCUAGUUUAAACCUCGGCAUCUUAAUAUGUAUUGAGUGUUCAGGGACGCAUAGAAAUCUGGGAUCGCAUAUUUCACGCGUUCGCUCUCUUGACUUGGAUGCAUGGCCUUUGGAAUUUCUGGCUGUGAUGCAAGCAAUCGGCAACGAUGCGGCGAAUCGGCUGUGGGAGCAUAACGCUCCAGUUGAUCGACGUCCUCACCCUGACAGUCCACUUGAUGUGAAGGAGUCGUGGAUUCGUGACAAAUACGAGGCGAAGCUGUUCCUUCCGUCGCUCCGCGUGGACGCGACGGUCAGUUCGCAGUUGGUCAGCGCAGUGUUGGCUCGUGACGUGGCCGAGGUGUCACUUCUGCUGGCGCGCGCCUCCCCGGAGGACGUCAACAGCACCGUUUCCGGCACGCGUGACCGCCGUUCUCCACUCCAUCUUGCUUGCAGCAUUGGUAGCCUCGCUAUUCUGCAGUUAUUACUAUGGAAUAAUGCCGAUAUCCGUGCUGUUGAUGAACGAGGUAGAUCAGGACUAUGGCAUGCGCGAAACAGCGGUUUCAAAGAGUGUGCUGACAUGUUGCUCACCGCCGGUCUUGAUACGAAUUACGGCAUGCCAUCACCGUCGAGCCGGAAUUCUGCACAUUCUCCACCGCUUCUCGAGGGAUCGCUGUCAAAUCGAGAGUAUUCAUGUAUCGGCGACGAGGUUGUGCUAAGACGAGCAGCGCCAACGGUUGGCGCAACCUCCAAGCGCUCGACGAACACCUUUGACCUGUUACCAGCCAGUGUCAUAUAG